UGUACACGGACGCAACUGUGAGGUGACCUAAACACUUCCGGCGCGGAAAAAUGGCAGCAGCCGUUCCGGACUCACGUGUGAGUGCGGAGGAAAAUCUGAAAAAGACCCCAAAGAAGAUGAUGAAAAUGGAAACCGGAGCCGUAGCGUCGGUGCUGGAAGAAGAGGACACAGACACGUCCGAUAGCGAAGGUUCUAUAGUAGGAGGAUCUAUAAUAGGAAGCUGUGGAUCAGAAUAUGACUACUUUUAUUCUGAUGAGGAAGCAAUAGAAGCUGACAAUGAGGGUGAUGCUGAGCCCUGUGACGAAGAAAAUGAAGAUGAUGCAGAAUCAAAUAUUGGGACCAAUAUGGGCUGGGCAGAUGCCAUGGCUAAAGUCCUCAACAAGAAAACUCCUGAAAGUAAACCUACUAUUCUGGUCAAAAAUAAGAAGCUGGAAAAGGAAAAAGAAAAGUUAAAGCAAGAAAGACAAGAGAAAAUAAAACAGCGUGAUAGGAGGAUGGAGUGGGAAAUGAUGUGCAGAGUAAAGCCAGAUGUUGUCCAAGACAAGGAGACCGAGAGAAACCUUCAGAGAAUUGCAACGAGAGGUGUGGUACAAUUAUUCAAUGCUGUUCAGAAACAUCAAAAGAACGUUGAUGAGAAGGUUAAAGAAGCUGGAAGCUCUAUUAGAAAGCGAACUAAGUUGAUAUCAACUGUUUCCAAGAAAGAUUUUAUCAGUGUUUUGAGAGGAAUGGAUGAAAGUACAAAUGAGACUACCUCAAGCAAGAAGAAACCAAAAGCCAAACAGACUGAAGUGAAAUCAGAAGAGGGCCCAGGUUGGACGAUCCUCCGUGAUGAUUUCAUGAUGGGAGCAUCUAUGAAAGACUGGGACAAGGAAAGUGAUGGGCCAGAUGACAGCAGACCAGAAUCUGCAAGUGACUCUGAUACAUAAAGCACCAUAGGAAAUAAAAUAAUCAUUUUAUUUUUUCUAGAAAAAUAUUUCAUCCCCUGAUAAUUGGGGAAUUAAAAGGAUACCAAAAGUCAAAAGACUUUUGCCUGAUUUCAUAUUUCCCCUUUUCAUGUACACUUUAUAUAUACUUUCUUAAAAUUAUAUUUUAAACCCUGGUAUAAUUUUAAGCAUUGUUCCUCAGAACAUCUGUAAAAGGAAAUACUGCUGCUUGACCAGUGAGAUGAGCAUUUUGCCAGGAUCAUAUUGGUCCUGUCUACUGGUGUGUUAUUUCAGUAUCACCAAUGUUUUCAGAAAUACAGUACCAAUUCAUAAUUAAACUCUUUCAAGUUAAUAGUUCUCUGCCUUCGAACUUCUAGACCCAACUAUGUAUCUGUAGUUUUUGGGAAUGAUUGGUGUUUUUUGGUUUGUACUGGGAAGUUAUUGAGAAAACCUAUAUAAUAAAAUUUAAAAUUAUAGUUUUUUGAAUUUUGGGUAGUGAUUUUAGUUUUAGGUCAUCUGGAAGCUGUGAUUUAAGAAACCACAGAGUUCAACUUUUAUUUCCUUUUAUUUAUUAAAUAAUAUAAAUUAUGACAGAUUUAAGUGUUAGGCUGUUUUUGCAUGAGAGCUUUACAGAGUUAGAAAUUCUCAUGCUUAACUUACACAAUGAGACAGAAUUUCUUAGGAAGCAUGUUUGACAUGUUUUAGUCUGUCACCUGUUUUUUCCUCCCAAAUAUUUGAGUCAGCUUAAAUUCUUUUUUAUGGACUUUCCAACCAGUGGAAUGAUGUAGUUAGACAACAAGUAAUCUGCAGCAGAAUACUGCAUCUGAUUUGAGACUCGAUUCCAUAUUAUUGCCUUAAAGGCUAUUAAAUUGGGUGACUUUUAAUAUCUAGCUGUUAAAAAGAGGAGAGUCAUUUCAAAAUUUCUGUGAAAUGUGGCCUAUGCUCUAAAGUUUUAAAGGGAAUUAUUUAAUAAAUGUGAUUUGUUCCUUUUUGAAGAGGACCCAUCCCUUUUCGUAAUAAAAAUAGUUCCCUCCCACUAACCAGUUGCACAUACUUGCAUCUGUUAUAUAUUGAAGGAUAAUCCUCCCCCAAAAAACUAUGCAAGAGCAGAGAUGUUUAUAUUUUGAAACCCAUUUGAGUGUUAACAGUAUUAUAUGACUAAAGCUGAA